AUGGCAGACGAUUACAAGUACGGCCGUGGCCCCGAUGAGGACGACGAGGAAGAAGAGGAGAUCGAGGAGUCGAGCUACAAGACCCAGAAAGAUGCCGUUCUCUUCGCCAUCGAUGUCAGCAAGAGCAUGCUCACCAAACCGUCUGAUGCCGACCCAAAGAAGCCCGACAAUGCCCUCUCGCCAACCGUUGCGGCGCUCAAAUGCGCUUACGCCUUGAUGCAACAACGAAUCAUCAGCAACCCCAGCGACAUGAUGGGCAUUUUGCUGUUCGGCACAGAGAAGAGCAAAUUCCAGGAAAGCGAUGAAGAAACCGGCCGACCCGGGUUGCAGUACCCUCACUGCUACUUGCUGACGGACUUGGAUGUGCCGGCUGCAGCAGAUGUCAAGCAGCUGCGAAAUCUGGUCGACGAUGAGGAAGAAGCUGCAGAGCUCCUCCAGGCGAGCAGCGAAGAGGUCAGCAUGGCCAAUGUGCUGUUCUGUGCAAAUCAGAUCUUCACCACCAAGGCACCCAACUUCUCGUCGAGGCGUCUGUUCCUGGUGACAGACAACGACUUUCCACACGCUUCUAGCAGAGACCAGAGGAACAGCGCUGCCGUGCGAGCCAAGGAUUUGUACGAUCUUGGUGUGACGAUCGAGCUCUUUCCAAUCUCGCAUCCAGAUCGAGGUUACACAUUUGACAGGAGCAAGUUUUACAACGACAUCGUCUACUCCUCCGUCCCAUCAGAUCCAGACGCACCCGCUCCACUCACUGCGGACAUUAAAUCUGCAAGCAGCACUGCUACCGAUGGCAUCAGUCUACUGCAAUCACUGAUCUCAUCCGUUGCUUCACGUUCAGUUCCGCGUCGUGCGUUGUUCAGCAAUGUACCUUUCGAGAUUGGACCAGGCCUGAAGAUCAGCAUCAAGGGAUACAAGAUUCUGAUGCGCCAGGCUCCAAAGCGUACUACAUACAUCUACCUGCCGCCAGACAGCGACAAGCCGCAGAUCGCAAUUGGCAGCAGCACUCUUGUGGCGGAGGACAAUGCCCGCACGGUGGAGAAGGCCGAAGUACGCAAAGCCUUUAAGUUCGGCGGCGAGACAGUCUCAUUCACUGAAGAGGAACUCGCCAAAAUCAAGAACUUCGGCGACCCUGUCGUCCGCAUCAUUGGAUUCAAGCCCCAGAGCAAGCUGCCCAUCUGGGCUUCUUUGAAAGAGUCAGAUUUUAUCUAUCCUUCUGAAGAAGACUACAUCGGCUCUACGCGCGUGUUCUCUGCGCUGCAUCAAAAGCUGCUGAAAAAUCAGAAGUUCGGCCUCGCAUGGUACAUUUCACGCCGCAAUGCCAGCCCGAAGCUUGUUGCCGUGAUUCCAGGCGCCGAAGAGCGGAAUGAGACUGGCGAGCAACAAAUGCCUCCUGGAUUUUGGAUCAAACCACUGCCAUUCGCCGACGACAUUCGCGAAAUGCCGGAGACGAACCUUGUGAAAGCGUCCGACAAUGUAGUCGAUGCAAUGAGGUUUGUCGUUCAGCAGCUCCAGUUGCCCAAGGCUGUCUACGACCCCAGCAAAUACCCCAAUCCGUCAUUGCAGUGGCUCUAUCGAAUCCUGCAGGCUUUGGCGUUGGAGGAAGAUUUGCCUGAGCAGCCAGACGACAAGACGUUGCCUCGAUGGAAGCAGAUUCACAAGAGGGCUGGUGAUUACGUCCUGGAUUGGGGCGCACAACUCGAAACGGCUUUCAAUGAGUGGCAAGAAGAGAACAAGGCCAAUAUCAAACCCGCGACGAAUGGCGCAUCCAAACGCACCGCUCAGUCUGCUUCUGCCCCUCGUGGGAGCAAGAAGGUGAAGGACGAGGACGAUGAUGAGGCCGUCAGCGAUGAACAGAUGAGAGCAGCGCACAACAAGAACACCAUCAGCAAAUAUAAAGUUGCCGACUUGAAAGCAUGGAUGUCGACCAAGGGCAUCAAAGCUGCCGGUGGCAAGAAAGCUGAUUACGUCGAUGCCAUCACGAGUCACUUUGAGACGAAGAUGGAGGUCGACUAG